GUUUGGACCCCUGCGGACCCUGGGCUCCCCCUCGGUUUGGACCCCCGUGGACCCUGGUUCCGGAAGGACAUGUACCAGGGAUACGACUCCUCCAGCUCCUCUCCCUCUGCAGAGUCUCAGUACCUUUCCUCGGUGGAUUCUUUUGGGAGCCCCCCCACAGCUGCUGCACCACAGGAGUGCGUGGCUCUGUGUGAUGCUCCAUCCUCCUUUGUGCCCACUGUUACCGCCAUCACCAGCAGUCAAGACCUGCAGUGGCUGGUCACCCCGGCCCUCAUCUCCUCUAUGGCUCAGUCCCAACCUCCACCAGGACCCUCGCUGGACCCUUAUGACCUGCCAGGGCCCAGCUACGCCUCUCCCUCCGGAUCAUCUUAUGGUCCAUCUGUUUCCACACCGGGACCAGAGGGCUCUCGGCCCACCCGUACCCGUAAAAGAACCAGAGAGGAGGCGCUGACACCGGAGGAGGAAGAAAAGAGACGAGUACGAAGAGAAAGGAACAAACUGGCCGCCGCCAAAUGCCGAAACCGAAGACGAGAACUGACUGACCGACUCCAAAGCGAGACGGACCUUUUAGAAGAGGCGAAGUCCACACUGGAGGCAGAGAUCGACGAGCUGCAGCGACAGAAGGAACAGUUGGAGUUCGCCCUUCUCUCCCAUCGAUCGACGUGCAAACUCCCCUACGAGGACCCUGACCUGCCCUCCAGCGAACCAGCCGUCUCCUUUCCCCACGGAGGACUCCUGCCCUCGUAUCCCCCCCAACCGGAGGUAUCAUUCCCUGUCUGUUUGCCCCCACUGCCGGACCCAGACUGUGCAAUCGGCCCUGGAGCUUACACCUCUUCAUUUGUGUUCACCUCCCCAGAGGGAGGAGCCUGCGGAAGCCGGUACCAGCGCAGCAGCGGAAGUGAGCGCUCAUCCUCCGACUCGCUCAGCUCCCCCUCACUCCUGGCACUCUGAGACAUAAAGUUCAACUCCACUUCCUGCACUUUCCUCAUUCCGCCAACCUUUCCGAUCCAUCCAGAUUGCAAACCACUGCCGCCCAUCUCACCGAUCCUCACCCUUCUCCUCAAUCUUUCCUUUGCUCUCUUUUCCUCCAUCAUCAUAAUCUUGUGUUUCAUCGUGGCUUGCUUUGCCUUCCGUGGCUUCCUUCCCUCUACCAACUAGAGAGAUCUCUCCGAUCCUCUCCUUCCCUCUACCAACUAGAGAUCUCUCCGAUCCUCUCCUUCCUUUUACCAACUAGAGAUCUCUCUGAUCCUCUCCUUCCCUCUACCAACUAGAGAGAUCUCUCCGAUCCUCUCCUUCCCUCUACCAACUAGAGAGAUCUCUCCGAUCCUCUCCUUCCCUCUACCAACUAGAGAGAUCUCUCCGAUCCUCUCCUUCCCUCUACCAACUAGAGAUCUCUCCGAUCCUCUCCUUCCCUCUACCAACUAGAGAGAUCUCUCCGAUCCUCUCCUUCCCUCUACCAACUAGAGAGAUCUCUCCGAUCCUCUCCUUCCCUCUACCAACUAGAGAGAUCUCUCCAGUCCUCUCCUUCCCUCUACCAACUAGAGAUCUCUCCAAUCCUCUCCUUCCCUUUACCAACUAUGGAGAUCUCUCCGAUCCUCUCCUUCCCUUUACCAACUAGAGAGAUCUCUCUGAUCCUCUCCUUCCCUCUACCAACUAGAGAGAUCUCUCCGAUCCUCUCCUUCCCUCUACCAACUAGAGAGAUCUCUCCGAUCCUCUCCUUCCCUCUACCAACUAGAGAGAUCUCUCCGAUCCUCUCCUUCCCUCUACCAACUAGAGAUCUCUCCGAUCCUCUCCUUCCCUCUACCAACUAGAGAUCUCUCCGCUCCUCUCCUUCCCUCUACCAACUAUGGAGAUCUCUCCAGUCCUCUCCUUCCCUCUACCAACUAGAGAUCUCUCCGCUCCUCUCCUUCCCUCUACCAACUAUGGAGAUCUUUCCAGUCCUCUCCUUCCCUCUACCAACUAGAGAGAUCUCUCCGAUCCUCUCCUUCCCUCUACCAACUAGAGAUCUCUCCGAUCCUCUCCUUCUCUCUACAAACUAGAGAGAUCUCUCCGAUCCUCUCUUUCCCUCUACCAACUAUGGAGAUCUCUCCAGUCAUCUCCUUCCCUCUACCAACUAGAGAGAUCUCUCCAAACCUCUCCUUCCCUUUACCAACUAUGGAGAUCUCUCCAGUCCUCUCCUUCCCUCUACCAACUAUGGAGAUCUCUCCGAUCCUCUCCUUCCCUCUACCAACUAGAGAGAUCUCUCAAGUCCUCGCCUUCUCUCUACCAACUAGAGAUCUCUCCGAUCCUCUCCUUCCUUCUACCAACUAGAGAUCUCUCCGAUCCUCUCCUUCCCUCUACCAACUAGAGAGAUCUCUCCGAUCCUCUCCUUCCCUUUACCAACUAUGGAGAUCUCUCCAGUCCUCUCCUUCCCUCUACCAACUAUGGAGAUCUCUCCGAUCCUCUCCUUCCCUCUACCAACUAGAGAGAUCUCUCAAGUCCUCUCCUUCCCUCUACCAACUAGAGAUCUCUCCGAUCCUCUCCUUCCCUCUACCAACUAGAGAUCCCUCCGAUCCUCUCCUUCCCUCUACCAACUAUGGAGAUCUCUCCGAUCCUCUCCUUCCCUCUACCAACUAGAGAUCUCUCCGCUCCUCUCCUUCCCUCUACCAACUAUGGAGAUCUCUCCAGUCCUCUCCUUCCCUCUACCAACUAGAGAGAUCUCUCCGAUCCUCUCCUUCUCCUCAAUCUUUCCUUUGCUCUCUUUUCCUCCAUCAUCAUAAUCUUGUGUUUCAUCGUGGUCUGCUAUGCCUUCCAUGGCUUCCUUCCCUCUACCAACUAGAGAUCUCUCCGAUCCUCUCCUUCUCUCUACCAACUAUGGAGAUCUUUCCGAUCCUCUCCUUCCCUCUACCAACUAUGGAGAUCUCUCCGAUCCUCUCCUUCCCUCUACCAACUAUGGAGAUCUCUCCAGUCCUCUCCUUCCCUCUACCAACUAGAGAGAUCUCUCCGAUCCUCUCCUUCCCUCUACCAACUAGAGAUCUCUCCGAUCCUCCCCUUCCCUCUACCAACUAGAGAUCUCUCCGAUCCUCUCCUUCCCUCUACCAGCUAUGGAGAUCUCUCCAGUCCUCUCCUUCCCUCUACCAACUAUGGAGAUCUCUCCGAUCCUCUCCUUCUCUCUACCAACUAGAGAUCUCUCCAGUCCUCUCCUUCUCUCUACCAACUAGAGAUCUCUCCGAUUCUCUCCUUCUCUCUACCAACUAGAGAUCUCUCCAGUCCUCUCCUUCCCUCUACCAACUAGAGAGAUCUCUCCGAUCCUCUCCUUCCCUCUACCAACUAUGGAGAUCUCUCCAGUCCUCUCCUUCUCUCUACCAACUAUGGAGAUCUCUCCAGUCCCCUCCUUCCCUCUACCAACUAUGGAGAUCUCUCCGAUCCUCUCCUUCUCUCUAC